GAGUCGCCAUUUUGUGUUUUUUUUAUUCGGGCGAUGCGUGUUCUAGAAAAAUUUCUAUGAAAAUCAGAAAAUAUUUAUCGUUUUAAAGAAUUUAGUUUUAAUUUAAUUUAGUGUUAAUGGCUGCCAAUAACUAUUUCGGUUACGGUGGAACUCAAUAUGCAGCCGCGAAUGCUGCAUAUCAACAAACGCAACAAGCGUAUGGGGUCCCUGCAGCCACCGGUGCUUCUUCGGCGGCGUCUUAUUCUAACCAGAGAACCGCUUACGAUGCGGCUUAUCAAACAUCCGCCACACCUGUCACUUAUGCAGCGGCCAGUGCAACUAGCGCGGCGACUUAUGAUUAUGGGUACUCUGCUCGUACAGCACCGGCCGCUGUUGGUGUGACGUAUGAUUCAGCUAAAACCUAUUAUCAGCAAGCUGCUCCAGCGGCUGCUGCAGUUGCGGCUACUACCGGUCAAGUAGCUGCCACUGUCGCUUCUACACCGGAAUUUCAAAAUUGGCAACAAGCUGGUUACAAUGCUCGACCAACAAGUGCUGCGACAGUUGCGGCCGUAGCAGCAGCCAAUAAAGCAGCGUAUAGUUCGACUUAUUCAAACGUUCCAACCACCAGGCAGCUUACCGUGCCUCCAAUCACGCCCAAAGGCCAAUCUAGCACUAAUUCGUCUCCGUAUGCCACGCAGUACGCCAAUCAACAACCAUCACCGGUGGCUCCUAGUUACUAUAGUACCGUCGCUCCGGCACAAAGUGCCGCUAAAGCUGCAGCUGUUGGAACUAUCGGUCAGCCACCUAAAAAACCCAAUCCUCCUUACCAACAGAAACCUGGCCCGCAGUCUAAUCUUGGUGCUAUUUCCGGCAGCGUGGUAGCUCAAGCUAAUCCUUCUGUAUCUGCCGCGUAUACAGCUGGAAGUACAGGCGGAAUUAAUGUUCAUUCUCAGAACCCCAUCGCUCCACCUUCUGUUUAUAAUUCUGUACCAGCCUCGCCUUAUUCUAAUCCAACGAUGGGUAGCGCUAUGUAUAACAGCAAUCCUCAAGUUAGACCUAAAACUAACCCAACCAGUACAACUACAAAUACUGCGCCGAAUUAUUCGAAUCCUUACGACGCAGCUUUGUUCAAUGCUGCUGCUACCAUGUACAUGAAUCAGAACCCUAGAGCUAUCUCUAAACCUGGAAAUAACUUCAAACCGAGACCUGGUCUUGGAAGCAAUCGUAAAUUUCCCGGUUACAGACCACCAAAGCCGCAGCAGUUACAUUACUGCGAUGCUUGUAAAAUUAGUUGUGCGGGACCUAGUGCGUAUCACGAUCAUUUACAAGGGCAGAAGCAUAAGAAGAAGGUUGCGAAAUCAAAACCAGAACAAACCAAAGGAAAAGGCACGACUGGAGGAAGUUUACCAGUUUUCGUGUGCGAAUUAUGUGAUAUCGAAUGUACAGCCGCUGAUGCGUACGCGGCUCAUUUACGCGGAGCCAAACAUACGAAGGUCGUUAAAUUGCAUACAAGGCUCGGUAAACCCAUACCACCUCCUGAUCCUAAAGCAGCUGCUGCCAUCGCUGCCUUGAAUGCGCAAGAAGAAGCGAAAGUCCGAACGGUUCCUGGAGGUACAGUUACGCCUGUCACGCCGGCCGCAGCUAACUCCAUAUCUGUGCGUAGUUCUACCACACCUCGUAUCAAUUUUGUUGCUGCUGGUGCGACACCUCCUGCUACCGCUGUUCCUCCUAAAGUUGAGGAAAAGAUCGAGGAUAUUUCGACCGACGAAGAUAAGAAAGAAAAUGACGUAUUGAUAGACGACCGUCCGGCUGUUGGUUCCGAGUAUAUUGAAGAAGAAAAAGAUGCCACAGGCAAAUUAAUCAGCUUUAAUUGCAAACUUUGCGAGUGCAAAUUCAGCGACCCCAAUGCCAAAGAAAUGCACAUGAAAGGACGCAAACAUAGAUUACAGUUCAAGAAGAAAGUCGAUCCGAAAUUGAAAGUAGAAAUGAAACCGAACAAUUUCAAGCAUAAGAGAAACGAAAAAUGGAAGAAACAAACCGAAAAACAGAAAGACGGCAAACGAAAAGAUUUCAGAUACGAUGACGAAUUGAAGGAUUACUUGGAUUGGUGUCGCAAAUCCGGUCCGUCGGCUGUCGGUGUACCUGGCUUGAUGCCCCGUGAUAUACGCCACCCGCUAAUGAGAAACGCGCGAAAUCCUUUGUUAUUAGGGCCCGGUGUUGCCAGAUUACCUGCUCCGGCUCAGCCACCUCAACCACCAAUGUUCUUAUUAGGUGCGCCUCCGUUGUCGUCGCUGUCGCGUAAGUUGGAAACGUUCGAAGAUCGACACAUACUGGCACGUCAUAAAGCUAUCUAUCCGACCGAAGUUGAAUUGAAAUUUAUGCAGAAAGUCGUCGGACACGUCGAAAGAGCUUUGAAACUCGUAUCAGACCAUAUGUUAACCGAGGCCGAAAGUAAAGUCAAGAAAGAAGAUACCGAUAUAAGCGACAAUAAGAACGGAAUCGCUAAUAACGACAUCGAAAACGAACAUGUAGAUGGAGUCGAAGAUGAAGGAUCUCAAGAUGAAUCUAGUCGAGAAGACGGUCGAGCAGCGUUACGCGAAUUGACCGGAGUGCUACGGAUUGGUAACCUUGCCAAAGGGUUAAUCUUGACUGGUGACGAUAUCGUUGAUUUGGUCAUGCUAUGCAGCGGAAAACCGACAAUGUCAUUACUUACCAAGGUCGUUUCCCUUCUACCCGAGCAAUUGAAGGAAGUUGCCAAAGAUACGGAGUACACAGUUACUUCGAGCCCAGUCCACGCCGCUAUUGUAGUUUCCACUUGCCCGAAGGAAGAAAACGAUAAAAAGUUGACGGUUCGAGUUACUUUGGCAUCGCCGGUUAUCCGCGAAGAGAUAUUGGCCGUCAAUACAGUCGUCAAAGAUGAAAUUUCAAACGACAAUACCGAAUCAACGAACGCGGCCAAUGCCGCAGCUGCAACGACGGAGACCGCGUCGACAGCUGUUAUAGGUGAUGGAAGUAAAGUCUCAAAGGAGAUUAGUCCUGAUCCUCCUGAUGUACUCAGCAAGACGAAAUGUUUGGAAGCUUUGGCUGCCCUUAGGCAUGCUAAAUGGUUUCAGGCUAGAGCAGCGACGGUUCAGAGCUGUUUGAUCGUUAUACGUAUUUUACGGGAUUUGUGCAAACGCGUUCCUACUUGGGCACCUUUUGAAUCGUGGUACCAUAAAUGUCGCGCCGGAACCCCCCCUUCCCUGGCUCUGGAGUUACUAUGCGAAAAAGUAUUAAGUUCAUCGACCGCAGUAUUAUCUCCCGGAGACGGUUUACGUCGUGUGUUUCAAGCAAUUUCAUCAGGUUUAUUGUUACCCGGCGGUCCCGGUUUGUUAGAUCCGUGCGAAAAAGAUCCAGUCGACGCGGCCGCCUAUCUAACCGAUCAACAGAGAGAAGAGAUUACUGCUUCGGCGCAACAUGCGUUGAGAUUGAUCGCGUUCCGUCAGAUUCACAAAGUUUUGGGAAUGGAACCGUUGCCACCUAUGCCAAAAUUUCACAAAAAGCAAACAAAUCGUAAACGUCGUCGAGAGAAUUCAGCCGGUGGUAGAAACGAAGGUGUAGAGGGUAAAAAAGAUAAGAAAGAUGCCGAAGACGAGCCAUCUACCGGGGCAGCCGAGACGCCUGCAUCAUCGACCAGCGAAGUAGAAAAAAUGGAAACCGAUAAACCAGCGACUACGAAAUGAUAACGUGUCGAAUCGAAGCCAGCGUCCUAUUGACCCGCGUAGAGUGAAGAUGACGAAGACGACGAUACGAUCGCCUUAUAUAUAGUUUUAAUUUAGACGUAUUUUUUGUUGUCUAUUUUUUUCUCAUGUUUUUUUUUCUCGCUUUUUUAUAUUUUUUAGCAUUAUAAUAAUGUAUUAAUGAAAUAUUCAGAGUAUCGAUAUUAUACAUUUACGAAUACGAAGUAGUAAGAAUUGUUGUUUUUUUUUUUCAUUCGCGAAGUUCGCCCCGUAUCUAGUGCUAAGGUUCUAGAUACAAUUUUGUUUUUCGAUUUUGAUUUUUUUUCUCUUUCCUUCUUUUUGAUAGUAACUACUACAUGUGUUUUCAUUAUUUUUCUUUUGCACUUAUUGACGUAUUGCGACAUUUUUUCUCCCCUAUAAGAGAAAACCUGUCCCAAUGUGAAUUUUUUAAUAAGGGUUCGUUCGAAUGACUCGAACAAUGGUAAUGUUUCUGUUUUGGAAACUCGUACGACGUAUUGAUUCUCUAUCUCUAUCUUUAUGGAAAUACGAUAGUGAAUAUUAUUAUCGCGAAGAUUUCGAAGUAAUCCUACAUCUUUUAUCUGUAUUCUUUUUUUUUUCAAUUGUUAGAUUUAAGAAGUAAUUUUUUUUCUAUUUUUAUUAAUUACUUUGAACGAAUAUUUAUCCCUAAGUUGGAGUUUUAAUCGCUCCUCGUCGUCUUUGAAUAUCGACGAUGUUAUUAUGGAUUUUUUUUCUCAAUCUGUUUUAUCGAUAUACAAUCGUAGAGUUGGCAAGGAAAGUAAUGUUUGAUACUGUCUCUUUUAUUUCAUUAAUAUAUUUCAAAUAUAUAUCUAGUUGAAAAUAUCGAA